AUGAGCUCUCCUGCCCCGCCCAUGCUGCUGGACCUGGCAGCCCACCGCCUGCUGAGCAGUGAGCCUUCCGCUCCAGCUGCCUUGCAAGAGUUCACAGUCGAUCUCUUCCCAGCGCUGCUCACCGCCGCCUUCUCCAUGGGCCACAAGGAGGCUCUGAAGGCGCUGGUGCAAGCCUGGCCCUUCCCUGUCCUCCGGCUAGGCUCUCUGAUAGCACAGUGGCCCAGCCAAGACAGCUUGCAGGCUGUGUUGGAUGGCCUGGGGGACCUCUCCAGCCACAAGGCUUGUCCCAGGAGGUCCUCGCUGAGGGUACUGGACUUGACAUUGGCCUUUGAGCAGGUACAGGGCAGAGAGCCCUCGGAGGCCUUGAGCAGAUUCCCGUUUUGGUUCCCGUGCACGGUCAAGGCUGAGACGCCACAGGAUGUGGCCAGGCCCAGGCCAGUGGAAGACAGCACGGAAGAGCCUCUGGGGUCCUGGGAGCCGGUGGAGUUGCAUGUGGACCUUUUCCUCCGAGGCCCCUUCCAAUCAGAUGCUUUCCUGUCCACACUCCUGGCAAAAGUGGAGCAGAGCCAGGGGUCCCUGCGAGUCUGCUGUAAGAAACUGCACAUUGAGGAAAUGCCAUCCGACAGCCACGGGGGGACCCUGCAGAUACUGGAGCUGGAUUCCAUCCAGGAGCUGGAGGUGUUUGACUGGUUCCAGGCACUGGCGGAGCACAGCCUGUUCGCCUCCCAGCUGGGGAGGAUCCGAAACCUACGUAGCCUCAAGCUGGCCUACUACCACUGGGCCUUCCCCCUGGAGGGGGGUCUGUCCUCCGACCACAUCCUCUCCCAGCUCGGCCAGCUGCACCACCUCCAAAGGCUUCACCUGUCCUAUUCCUACCUGUCAGGCAACCUGCAUCAGGUGCUCAGCUGCCUACAGAACCCCCUGCACACCCUGGAGAUCUGCUCCUGCACACUCGUCGAAUCCGAUGUCACCUUCCUGGCCCAGAGCGUUCAUACCACGCGCCUGAAGAAGCUGGACCUGAGUGGUAACAACCUGUCCUACAUGGUUCCGGGGCCCUUAGAGGCCCUGCUGCGGGCAGUGGCCGGGACACUGCAGCACCUCAACCUGACCCACUGCUGGCUGAAGGACACCCACCUCCACGCUCUCUUGCCCACCCUGUGCCGCUGUGCCCACCUCAGCUCCCUGGACCUCUCUGACAACCCCUUCUCUCAGGCUGGCCUCGUGGACCUGCUGGAGCACACGGCCACGCUGGUGGCGCUGAAGCAGGUGCUGUACCCCGUCCCCGUGGAGUGCUGCCCCUACCUGCACGGCCUCUCCCGUGGGCCCGUGGAUGGACGGAAACUGUGCCAGGUGCAGACGGAGCUGCAGGCACUGCUGCAGGCCUUGAGGCGGCCCGACAUGCAGUGGAGCUCACCGCCACCACUCUCACCCUCACCUGGGACACUGGUGCAGCCCGAGUGA